ACAGAGUUGAUCCGCAGAGAUAUCAUCUUCGGGCGCGAGAAAUCGCUCGGGAUGGCAGUGGACCUCAGAUGCCCAUUGCAUGCCUUGGUUUUACUGGGCUGUGUGAUUAUCCUCAGUAACGUGCUAUGUCCCGUUGCUGCGUACCUCUACAAUAACCGCUAUGCAGGUGACCAGGUCUUCAGGAUAACUCCCAUCAACAAAGAGGAAGUUCAGGUGCUCAGAAAUCUCCUGGGAAACAUCAAGGUGGACCUGUGGCAACCCAACAGUGCCUCUCUCAUCCGACACAACACCACCGUGGACGUGCACGUGAGACAGAACAACACUCGCGGGCUACGUGCACGCCUCCAGAAGGAACACAUACAUUUUAAGGUGUUCAUAUCAAACCUCCAGGAUGAAGUUGAAAAGCAGGAGAGGCAUCAGUCUUCUCGCAAGAGGAGGUCUGAAUGUCUUUAUGACUACGAGGUGUAUCACUCUCUGGAGGAGAUCCAGAGCUGGAUGUUUAAGAUGAACAGAACCCAUCCUCACCUGGUGGACAUGUUCUCCAUAGGGAGGUCGUACGAGGGCAGGCCCCUCUAUGUGCUUCAGCUAGGAAAGAGGACACGGCCCCAUAAGAAGGUUGUGUGGAUAGACUGUGGGGUUCAUGCCAGAGAGUGGAUUGGACCUGCCUUCUGCCAGUGGUUUGUCAAAGAGGCUCUCCAUUCCUACCAGUAUGACUCUGUGAUGAGAAGACUGAUGAACCAGCUCAACUUCUUCAUUAUGCCUGUCUUCAAUGUGGAUGGAUAUCACUUCAGCUGGACUACGGACCGUUUCUGGAGGAAAACCCGGUCCAGAAACGCCAAGUACCACUGCAGAGGUGUCGAUGCCAACAGGAACUGGAAAGUCAAGUGGUGUGAAGAGGGGGCGUCCUCCCACCCCUGCGACGACACGUAUUGCGGGCCGUUCCCCGAGUCCGAACCAGAAGUCAAGGCGGUCGCCAAGUUCCUGCGGAAGCACAAGAAGCGCGUCAAGGCCUACAUAUCCAUCCACGCCUACGCCCAGAUGCUGCUCUACCCCUACUCCUACAAAUACGCCACCAUCCCCAACUUCGACUGUGUGGAGUCCGCAGCCCAUGACGCCGUGACGGCUCUGUACUCAGCCUACGGGGUGAGGUACCGCUACGGGCCCGCAUCCACCACGCUCUAUGUCAGCUCCGGCAGCUCCAUGGACUGGGCUUACAGGAAUGGGAUCCAGUAUGCCUUUGCCUUUGAGCUGCGGGACAAAGGCUACUUUGGCUUCCUGUUACCAGAGGCUCAGAUCAACCCAACCUGCACAGAGACCACGAGGGCAGUGAAGACCAUCGCGACAGGCUUACUUAAAAAGUGUGAGAUCGGGAUGCUUCAGCUGGACAGGGAGAGAUAUCCAUACCUCUGAGAUAUACACACACAUUUAUCUCUGCAUCUGCUAGAGAAUAACUAUGGGCGGGUUGUUGUGAAAAAAGGAUGAAGUCACAUGUAUCAUGCAGUCCGUCUCUCUAAGACUGUUCAAACUCCAUUUUAUAUCUGCAUGUUAGAGGUGGCACUUGAACGUGGUUUCAAAUGUAUUAAUCAGAUUAGAACCAACCUGCACCUGGUGCUGUCAACAACUGGUUCAUGUGCACAUUAGCACUUGAAUCCUGUUUUGAACAAACUGAUGUUGCCUUUCACUGCACUUCAUUUCAACCCCAAACUCCAGGACUUGCUGGUUUAAUUAUUGAAAGCUUUUCAGCCUGGAACAUGAUCAACAGCAGUCCUCACAUCUUUCUCUUCCCCCACGGUCAAGUGCUGUAUGACUGGGUUUAAAGACGGACCCUAACCCCAGGACCAAUGAGAAACAGUUCAGAAACAGAUCUUAUUUUCUCACUGCUAAGCGAGAGUCUAAAAAAUAUUAUUUUAGCAUCAAGAAAUGUUUACUUUUGAUAGAAAGUAUGCACGAAAUGUACUGACAUUUAAUAAACGUUAUUCCUUUUUUACGUUGUAAUCACGUAACGAAUGUUUUGCAAUCAUUGCGAUAAAAACAAACAGACAAAGUGAAAUAACAAUGCACUUGUUAACACAGUAUUAUUAGGUAUUGUAAUAAUUGCGGUGGAGCUGCCAUAUGGUUACAAUGGUUUAUUUGAUGGGUAACAAACCAUAUUGGUUCAAUCUUCUUAAACUGUGUAGUUUUAAUCGAGGACUGUCCGCGGAUGUAAUUCCCGAAGAAAUAAACUAGUGGUCAUGCAUUUCUCCCAGGAAGGCUCGCUCUGUCAUUAAUAAUUCACCCUAACAUGACCGAGCGUGCUAUGUUUCCGUUCUGCGAUGGCUUACUCAUACAUUACCCAUUUAAAUCCAAUCGGAAUGUAUUCACGCACACAGUUGUCAUGACACCUGCCCCUCCCCCUGUUAACGCGAAUAAUAAAUGUGGAUGAUUACCGUUCCAGUGUCAUGGGGAUGACUACGGCGACUUGACAUCGGAUGAGUUCUUUCUCCCUCUAACCUUAUUUUCCGUCCUGCCUGAGCCUCAUCGCCCCAAAAACAACCUUGAUCACAACACUAAAUGUCUAACGAAGAAUGGUCCUUAUAGUGAAUGUUUUAUCCGUCUCUUCGGUGGACGUCCCGUGUGAGUGUGAGAGACUGCGUGUGUGGGACAGGUGUACAUGAUGUGGGAUUCUCCCUCUUGCCUCCAGUGUGGAUGUGAAGGGCCAUUCAUUGUACCAAGAAACCCAGCAGGGGCCACAGAGAGAGAUGGUCAUCUUCGAUAUUGGCAGAUUUAGAACUGUCAGUGGACUUCCCUUUCCGUUC